GAGAGAGAGAGAUAUUACCCCCUCUGACUCCAACACGGAGAGACUCACUCAUUUCCCCCACUCUCAACAGCGGAGUUCAACGCGACUGGACUCUCUCUUCUCUGGAUACCUUUACUCUUCAUAGAAAAUGGAGAUUUAUGUCAAGGAUAUGAAGAAACCAAGAUCAGUGUUCAGCAAUAUAAAGGUGUUUGUGCUGUGUCAUGGCCUGUUGCAGCUCACCCAGCUCCUGUACAGCUCCUACUUUAAGAGCACCAUCACCACCAUCGAGAGAUGCUUUGGCCUCAGCAGCUUCUCCUCCGGUACCGUCUCCUCUCUGCACGAGGUGGGGAACACAGUUCUGAUAGUGUUUGUGAGUUACCUGGGCAGCAGGGUCCAUCGGCCUCGUCUGAUUGGACUGGGUGGCUUGCUGAUGUCCAUCAGCGCGCUGAUCCUGGCCCUACCUCACUUCCUGUCCCAGCCCUAUGAGUUUGACUCUGUCAUACAUGAUCGCCAAGAUCUGUGUUCACUCCAAGGUACCUCCAACAUGACAGAGGCCUGUGGGAAGACCGAGAUCAAGCGUAUAGCAGACACCAACAACUUGUGGCUGCUCAUGGCUAUAGCUCAGCUGCUGUUCGGAGUGGGGUCUGUUCCCAUACAACCCUUUGGUAUCUCUUAUGUGGAUGACUUCGCCGGACGAGGCAACUCCCCCCUCUACAUAGCCAUCCUGUUUGCUGUGUCUGUGUUUGGACCUGCCUUUGGCUUCCUGCUGGGCUCCGUCAUGCUGAGGAUCUAUGUGGACGUGGACAGAACCGGCUCAGUCACCAACGCUGAGCUGGCCCCUACAGACCCUCGCUGGGUGGGUGCGUGGUGGAUGGGCCUCCUCGUCUCCUCUGCCAGCCUGGCCCUGACCUCCAUCCCAUACUUCUUCUUUCCUCGCAGCAUGCCGCUGGAAGGCAAUGUAAGUGGACCUGACAUUCUGAAUGGAGGCUCCGAAAAGCCUGAGAUCUCACUGCUUGAUUUCCUUAAGAUGUUCCCCAGGCUGUUUGUUCGUCUGCUCCUCAGUCCUCUGUUCAUGCUGUUGGUUCUGUCUCAGUGCUGUUUCUCUUCAGUCAUCGCUGGCCUCGCCACCUUCCUCAACAAAUUCCUGGAGAGACAGUACAGCACGACUGCCGCUUACAGCAGCCUCCUCAUAGGUGCGGUGAACCUUCCUUCGGUUGCCGUGGGGAUGCUGGUGGGCGGGGUCAUCAUGAAGAGGAUGGGUCUCUCACUUAAGGCCAUCCCUCGUUUCUCUGUCGCCAUGCUGUCCAUCUCUGUCCUCCUCCUCAUCCCCCUCUUCUUCAUGGGAUGUCCCACACAGAGGGUGGAAGAGGUCAACUAUGGAUUCCCAGGGUCUCUGGCCAAUUGUUAUUCCAACUGCUCCUGCCCUGCUAACGCCUUCAACCCAGUGUGUGGAUCUGACAACACUGAGUACCUGUCUCCCUGCCAUGCAGGCUGCAAAGACUACACCAAAGACCCCAACAACAAAUUCAGAGUUCUGGAGUACACAGACUGUAUAUGUACAGCUCACAGCCAGGGUAGUGGUGGGGGUACUGCCCGUCCCGGCCCCUGUCCCAACCAAUGUCCUCACUUCCUGCUUCCUGUCAUGUUCCUCAUCUCUCUGGCCGCGAUGAUCGCCUCUCUAACACACAAUCCCAUCUAUAUGAUGGUCCUCAGGUAAUGUCUCUAACACACAGCCCAUUCUAUAUGAUGGUCCUCAGGUAAUGUCUCUAACACAC